GGAGACCCCCGCCCUCAUUCAACAAAGUGUCGAGACUUCAAAAGUACCUUCUUGUGAUCUUAGCAGUAAAUUACCUAGGCAAACUGAAUCCAUCAGGUGUCGAUAUGGCCGAUCACGAGCAUUCAACCAUGGGUAGUGGAGGACCUGUUUCACCUGGUCUAUCUGUUGAUGCAGCAGCGACGAUAAUGCCGAGCUAUUCUGGACCGUUCUCUUGCCCUACGAAGGAGAGGGAAUUGAGAGAAUCACAUUCAACCAACCCAUUCGCGAGUUUGGCAAACUCCAUGAAUACAUUCAAGUUUGUGGCAAUUCUCAGCGCGUUUUUCCGAAGUCUAAAACCUGCAUCUGUCUUUGGAAGAUACGGGAGCAUUGUUGGUAGAGCCAGUCGGAUCCUGGUUGCAAUGGCCGGUUUUGCUGUGACCUGUGUAGCACUAUGGACGGCGAUUUGUGCGAUGGAGGAUAGCCGAAAGGCUUUAAGGUUGGCUGAGUGGACGGCGAAGAAAGAGUUCUUAGAGUUCUGCCAGACAAGCAAUUUCAAGCAGACCAGUUGCCAGACAGUCAAAACGGCUUCUCUCGAUCCGCCACCAACGCCGUGGAUUGUUUCGCGCAUGUAUCGACGAGAAAUUGGUGUCAGCGUAGGGUACUCCCAGGAUUUCGGCGCGGUACUUGCUGGCUUUCCCUUCACUAUUCUUUGGUGGGCAAUAUUCAGCAGAAAGGUGCGGAGGAUCAUACAGCAUCGAUAUCUCUCCCGCCACCCUAGGAAAAGCCGGGAACUUGGGUCACUCGCUGAGAGUAUGAAAAUGGAGAGGCCACGACAGGAGUCUCAUUCCAUUCUUUCACCGGAAGAAAGGUCACCUGUUCCCCCGCCAAUAUCUUUUGGUACCGGAAUGGCUGCCGAUUUCGAUUUCAGCUCUCCCUUAUCAGCGCCGCAAUUGGACUUGGGAUUGUCGACAGGAUUGGAAAGAUAUUCGAGAGCGGAAGCAGCCAGGCGCAAGAGAUUGAGAACCGCGCAAUCUCCAGCCGAGUAUCAAUUUGACGAGGCAAUACACUCGGUGUACCCCGUGGACGUGACGGGAUUUAUUGAACAAGAGCUAAAGAGCGAUUUGGACACUCAUAAUCUGACCUUUUGCUGGAAGUGCGAGCCGCAACACAUUGACCAAGAUGGGAAGCUAAUAGUACCAGAUCUGGCUGAAGACAUGUUAUGUAGUUCGACACCUGGAGAAAGUCCUUUGUUCUGUCACGACUGUGGCGACUCCCUUUCGCCAUGGUUGAACACGGAAGAUUCCGAAGAAGAAUCACACCAGCCUGUGGUUGUCAAUCUUCGCCAAGUCAUGCAGGAAUGCUUUGACCGAUUGGAUGAAAUUGAGGUGUAUUGCUGGGAGUGUGAGGUCAAUGAACCAAAUUCGUCUCGGAUAUUUGGAGCCACUGGUUCUGAAAGGAAAUUUUCAAACAGGUGCGGGCUUUCAUGUUAUGGGUGUGGCGAUGAGCUUCCGGCAAUGGUGAAGGAGGAUGGAAGGGUGGAAUACCCAGGCGGGAUCAACUUGCGCAAAAGGCGACCGUACUUGCUCUCGAAACGACAUCUUGAGGAAGUGGCCGAAUAGUGCCGGCGGGGGACAUGACACCGAGACGGCGAGAAAAGCCGGAAUUCUUUCCAUGUGGAAGGUUGGGUAACUGCCAACGUUCGCCUUUGCAAACCCACAGAUGUCAAUGAGCCGUGACAUAUGGGUCGCGACUCACAAGUUAAAGGUGACCGUCUGGUAUGAAGAUGGAGGCCACCGCGACCUGUCGAGAUAGCACAGUGUCAGAGAAAAUGGGCGGCGGUACUAGAUAUUCGAAUUCUGAAACCGUAUUCUUGUUUGCAA